AUGUCCCAUCUGUUAUCCACUGGUUCAGGGAGAGCAAGAGCUUCAGGGACUCAGUACAUCAGCACUUACAACAGGCAGUACAACAAUAACAACUGCAUUCAGAUGCCAACAGGGCUUCCAUCAAAUAAGAUACAGUUAUCAUUGGAGAACAUUUCUAGUCUUUAUGAGUUUCAAUUGUCUGGACUGAAUGACACAAUGUUAAACAGAUAUGUGUUUUUGUCUCUGACUGCGCUGUAUUAUCCUCUAAUGGUGUUGUGUAAUGUAGUUGUAAUUUUCACUAUUAUUUCACAUCAGAAGCUUCAUGAGCCAAUGUACAUAUUUCUGUGUAAUUUGUGUAUGAAUGCCCUUUUUGGCACUGCUGGAUUCUACCCAAAAUUCAUGUAUGAUUUAUUAUCUGAAUACCAUGUCAUUUCAUAUGCUGGAUGUCUGAUUCAGAUAUUUGUCAUUUAUUCAUCUGCUUUGUGUGACUUUUCAACAUUAACAGUGAUGGCAUAUGACAGGUAUGUGGCAAUAUGUAGACCGCUGGAGUAUCAUGCAAAAAUGACAAAGCAAAGGAUUCUUCAGUGUAUCUUGUUUUGCUGGAUGGCUCCGUUUUUUUGUAUGUCUGUUCUUAUUGCAUUAUUAUCCAGACUUACCUUAUGUGGCUCGAGUAUUGAAAAGUUAUAUUGUGAAAUUUGGGCUGUAGCAAAACUUUCUUGUUUUUCUAACACUGUAAAUAAUGUGUUUGGGUACAUUGUAAUUCUUGUAUACUUUGGUCACGCGAUAUUGAUUUUUUGCUCAUAUAUCCACUUGAUUAGAAAGUGCAGGAAGUCUAUAGAAGUCAGACACAAAUUUGUACAGACGUGUGUACCACAUCUUCUCUCAUUGAUCAAUGUGACUUUUGCUUUGCUGUUUGAUGUAUUUUUCAGCCGUUAUGGUUCAAAAAGUUUGCCGCAAGGCACACGUAAUUUCAUGGCACUGGAAUUCCUUGUCAUAGCCCCCAUUUUAAAUCCCCUCAUUUACGGACUAAAUCUGACAACAAUACGCAAACAAGUUAUUCGACUAUUUUCCAAGAAACAAAUUGGAAUAUCUGAGUAA